AUGUCAGAACAAGCACUGGAAGGCCCACAAGCCGGUGUGUACAUCAAAAGCAUUGUCAUCGUAGAUUUGGGUUUACGAUUAGUCUAUCCAAAAUACACUCAAUUCUGUACCGUUAUAUACGAUGCUCGGAAUUACGUAAUCAACGCUUUGUUUUUUCCACUUAGGAUGUCCUCGACCUUGAAGGGGAAGGGAAAGGAAAUCGAGUCCUCAUCCCAACCCAAUACCCCGAUAGUCCCGCCUUUGCCCAAUCCAGCAACAGGAAGCGCAAAUCCUGCGGCAUCGUUGUCCUCUCUUUGGGCGUACUUGACUCCAGCUCUAGAUCAUAUCGUCAAGAGUCCUACAAAUACUCCUUCUCGUGCACCGGCUAUCGACAUGGAAUUCUAUGCAGGUGUUCAUUCAGCGUGUUAUAACUAUAUCACUUCUCAGGCAGUAACACAUAACAUACCCCCUUCGCGAAAACCCUCUUCUCCUUCAAGUGAAAUCACAUCGACAACGUCCGCAGACCUCUAUGACCAACUCGAUAAAUAUUUCGCCGAUACCACUCGCGAACUCCUCCUUAGUGCCCCUCAAGAUUCCGAUUUAAUCCAUUACAUUAUUCCAUGUUUUAACCGAUACUCUGCCGGCGCCCAAUCCGCCAAUAGACUACUCAAUUAUGUCAAUCGACACUAUGUAAAGAGAGCAGUGGAUGAAGACCGCGGUUGGCUCUCGAUCGGAGAUGUAUUUGAGCAUGUCGCCAAAAAUGUCAAGGCAAACGAUACCAGAGAAGAAAUUGCGAGGAAGAUCAAGGAAAAGAGGAUUGUAGAGCUGGGUAAAUGGGGGUAUACCGAAGGUGCAAAGGGCGAAGGACUGGUGACGCUGGCCGAGGCGGAAGCUUGUGCAGAAGCGGCGAGUCCGGUGGAUAGGAUUGUACAUAUCUCCUCUCUUGCUCAUCGAAGGUUCAGAACGGAGUUCAUAGAGCCUCUGUUAGCUGUUCCAAAGAUGAAAGGCAAGAAGGGGAAAAAUAAGAAAGGUGCUGGAGGAGGAGGAGGCGGCGGGAUUAAUGGCGGCGGUUCGUCCUCUCAUUCCAAUGGAUUUGGACCUCCUGGCCCCAAAGGUCGGCUAGCACGCGCCGUUAAAGAACUACUGGAAUCGGAGGGUGAUGACGAGGAAGAAAAGUGCCGGUGCGCGGUGGAACUCGCGUCGGUGUUGAAGAAGGUUGGGGUUAAGCCUGAUCAUCUUUUGAGGAAGAAAUUGGAAAGGUUUAUCGCAUCCAGGGUAUCAGAAAAUGGGAAGGAUUAA